CGCGGUAAAGGCUGGUUUUAUCGUUGGCGGAGACGUUGGAAGAAAAUAAGACGCGUUAGACUGACCUGUCGUAUAAGAGGUCGACGACGCAGGGUUCGACGCCGACGAAGGAAGUGGCUUGUUCGAGUCAAAAGACGCUGGAGACGUUGCAAGCGUCGCGUCACGAGAUACAUCAGGUAUCGAAAGAAGAAAGUCAUCGUGCGGAGAGGUAGAGGAGGGUACCGUGUACAACUGAGAAACGGCAAAUAUGGAAAAACAAGGAGGUUCAGAAUUAUUUACCGCCGUAAGUAUUGAUUGAUAUUAAUUAGUAUUGAUUACUCAUAGAGUUUACAAUUUUUUUUUCCGUUUUUCAACCGCAAUUUUUUGAGUAGGUAGUUUUCUAGUUAGACCCUAACUAGUGCUAAAGCGAUCGGCACCACUCGAUGGAAUCAGACCGAACAAUUCCCAAAGAGCUAGGCAACCGGAACUUCUACAAUCAUCCAAAUAUAUAAAUGAGCUUUUUUUUCAGUUUGAUCACCUGGUGCUUCAUAUGGAAACUUGGCUUAAGCUGGCUCAAUUUUUCAUAAACGCAUACAUCUUUGAGGAAAUUUAUCCACAGCUGUUCGUUAUUUUGUCUAAAAGGAGACACUGAAUCUUAAAAAAAAGUGGUUCCCCCAAAAUAAAUAGCUCUGAACUAGGCUUAGCCAGGGAACGUAAUGGCAUCAUUGUGAUUCAGAACCUCUGGACAUUGAAGAAAUAAACAUAUUUACAAACAUUGCAUUUCUUUGGUAGGGUUCUCAGCGUUGGCAAGAAGUCACACCCAUAAAGUAAUCAUGAAAAUUACUCUGUUUAUUUUACGCUUUACUUUUUUUUCUGGUAGGGUUCAUUAGAGUGAGAUUAGAAAGUCAAGGUUUUGUUGAUAAAAAAAGGGGACGCACAUUGCUCGGACGCUCGCGGGCCUACAUCAGAGUAAAUGGAAGAGAUUAUUCCCCACACCGGCGUGGUUUUAAUGUUGUUCUUGUUAACCGUAGAACUGGUAAGAAAACUGUAGACUUUGAGGUUUCAUUUUCUUUUUUUUUUUCGCAUAUGUCCCAACUGAUGUGAGUGUAUUUCUGUUGUUAACUUUGGGCAUUUGGAUGUCGAGCGACGUUCUAUCGCCAGUGACACUUUUAUCUAAAUACUCUUAUGAGUUACAUGCUGUAAACUCUUAAAAUGAAAAUCUGAGAGAUACGCACUCUGAACAGGAGAUUCCAGUGGUCUCGGCUGUAUUAUAGAGCGCUUUUCGCUUGAGUGUCGUCAAACCAAAUCAUCUGGGUAGUAGAAGCCAAUCAAAAGAAUUGGAAAAGAUUAUAAAGAGCAACUGAGAUCUCAAAUCAAAAUCUGAUAAACUGCCUCAAGCAUGGGAAGAGGCAAGUGACAAGGACGCAUUAUUAACGUUUUGAAUAUGAUUUAAUUAGAUAUUUAAUUAGAUCAACCCUCUUGUAUAGAGAGUCUGAAGCCCACUGCGUAAAACCAGUUUAGCUUCCUUUGCACCUGUUAUGAAGCUUGUAUAUCUUCAUAGGGGAAAAAAAACAAAAACAUAACUGAAUUUGCAAUCUGGUUAUGACCAACAGGUCGGGUUUUCCGAAGGCAAAGCUUUGACACCCAUGGCAGCCGUUAUCAAGCAAAGAAAUUCAAGAAGUUUAUUUACGGAAUCAAAAGCGGGUAUGUUGCGUUAACCUAAGUUACCGUUAUCGAAUUUUCCAUAGUUAAUAUAGUAUUUACCUUGCGAGAUAGGAAAAGAGUUUCUGGGCCAGACACUCAAUAAGUUUUGUUCCAUUGCUAACCGCUUGUGCUCUGAUGUGACAUGAAUAUAUUUUUUAGCUACUCGGGAUAUUCUUGACCCUAUUUGGAAACCGUGAGAUUUAAAGUUUUAUUUCUUUUUGUUUGCAAUUUCGGGCCAUCACUUGGAGCAGGAGUUUCUUACUGUCUAUGCUGAUGCGAUCGCAAGGUGCUUUUGGGAACAAAUAUUUCCAAGAAUUUUUCUAUCGUUAACUAAGAGAGGUGGUUAAAAUAAUGAGAAAAAGUUUAAACCAGGAAGAAUCAAGUACGAGUCGUGUGGAAUCUGAAACUAUUUCCUCUAUCCCUGCAUCCAUCCAGCUUAUCCGUAUUUUAACUGAAUCCUCUGGUCAAUAUUUCAGCACGAUUGUGUUAGUUGCUAUCCAAGAUGAAGCAUAUCGAUACGGAAGAUAUUACAAGUACGUCUUCAGAAGGCUUAAAAUCCACCCGCGCAGAAUAAGACUCGGUUACAGAAGUAGUCUUGCCUUGAUCGGUUAUGUGGGUGGGCACAGACCAUCUUGGCUUAGAUAUAUGAGUCGACGUCAAAAACGUGGCCCAAGUUCCGUGGUCUCUCGUAUCCCACUUGGCCGAGGUAUGUUGAAGUUAGAAAGGUCUUUUGAAACAAAAGGAAUUAAAUAAUUUUGAAAGGGAAAAACUGCUAAGACACUUAGCUUUUUUAAUUACAGCAUAACACAUGGAACAUGACGUCAUAACUGUGCUUAUACAGUCUUCCCACCAUCAUAUUUUAUACAAAAAAGCCACCUCUUGGGAUCGCUGUUCUUUGACUCCAUUUCUAUAUUUUUUGGUAGGGUUCUUAAGAUUGUACGUGCAAAGUCAAGGUUAUGUUGAUAAAUCCUUACUAAUAAUCUGAAUGAAGCACAGAAAUGUCCAGUGAAAUUCCACGUCCUUCCAAACGCUGACGUAUCUUGUGUAUUCCUUUAGGUAAACCAGAAAAAGUAGAAGAAAAAAUUAUUUGUAAUGAUGACUUAAUCCUUAGUGCGCGCCUCAUUCCUGAGUGCGUGCUUAUCUGUCAUGACAACUUAUCUUUUUUGGCUUACCCUAAUUGUGACUUUUUGAUAUGCUGAAGUUUCCGGAAGAAAGUACCGAAGAAUAAUAAGAAGGAAACGACGACGAGUCCGACGAAGAAAUCGUCGUAGAAGACGUCGAAGACGGAGAUAUCGAAGACAAAAAAUAAGGAGAAAGAGACGACGACGCAGGAGACGAAAACGUGAGUGUACUCUUUCUUAGGGCGGUCGCAAUUUUUUUAAGAUGUCACCAAUCCAUUUUUCAGGAAAGUCGGCGCCCUGAUGAUUUCACUUUAGAGAGAAUGAUGUAUUUUUCUUGCGCCGCGAUGGAUGCGAUCUUAAGAUGGCUCAAAAACGAGAAACUUUCUCUGAAGUUUAUAUGAUUAUCUGCCGUUCCCAUUUUCUGUGACAUAACGCAGUAUUAAGUGUACAAUUUAAAUGUACUGUAGUAUAGCAAUGAGAAGCCUUGAUUUAUUUUUCUAAUGCGUCAAAUGGGUUCAAUUCUUAAAGUUAACGUAAUGUUCGUACCUUUUUGCUUUUAGGGAGGACACUCGUUGUUUACCACGGACGCCGUAAGCCGAUAAUAAGGAGGCCAAUAUUAGGGCUGACUUGGAAGAGAAGGGUUAGGCCUCUGCUUCGCUUGACAGUUUACGUCAGGGGCAGGUAUAGGCCACUCAAGCGAAGAGGUCGAUACUGGUAUACAUUCAUCAGCCCACGAUGGGUUAGAGUCAUCAGAGGAAAGAGUGUUUGGUAUUACCGUUCCCGAAAUCGCUGGCUCAAACUCAAACCUGUCAGGCUUUCGGCACGUGUUGGACGCAGGCGAUGCAGUAUACGACCUCGUGGACGUAAGCUGUACGCUCGCAUCGGGAGGCGUUACAAGCGUGUAAAAACGCGAUUCAUACGCUAUGUCCGUUUCAAAGGAAAAAGAUUUACAGUCAAGAGAAGAGGGAGGAAGGUUAUACUCAUCCGUAAAGGAAGACGGACUCGACCUCUGGCAGUAGUACGUUCCCGUAAGUGAAAGGUUGUUUUUUGGACAUACGAAAGAGCUCAAUUUACGAAUGUGUCGUCUUGAUGGUAAUUAAUAUCGUUAAAAUUGUUGGUGCUAAGUUAACUAUAUUUCCGAUGUCUAAAACUUUCUUGGAAGAGUUAGGCAAUUUUCAGUUGCCGGCUAUUUGAGUAAGCUGGAAAGGUUGGGGAUAGGUAUCGAGAAACUUAGGAAACAGCAGAACAAAUUCUUGUUCACGCAGGUCCCUUUAGUUUUUCAAUGAAAUCCUUCGCCUGGUAAGUGAAUUACAUCAGAAAUUCUGACUAAAGUUUUUGGAGAUCGGAAUCGAAUGUGUCUUCUUUUGCGCAUUUUCCCAAUCGUGAGGAUGCCGUCAAACGCUUAGUUGUAGGCUGAUAACACUUGCAUGCAUAACAUUGUAAUGCAUCGUUUGACUCUAAUUAACGUUUAAGUUUAGAAAUCAAGUUCACACCAAAAGUUACAACAAUCUGCCUUUCGUCGAGGAAUCGGAUUUUUGAUGUAAGGGUCGUUCGAUUAAAGAUCAUCAAAGUGCACUGACUCCAGUAGUUUGUUUGUUCGAGGAAAGUCAAAGGAUUCCGAAUAUUCUCCGUUUUUCUUUCUUUUUUUUUGUUUUUUUGCACCUAUCAACACGAGUCUCGCCGCAUUAAAAGGAAACGACUUUGCUAAUAGAAACUUUUUGAUUAUGGCAGGACGUUAUAGCCGCAAACUUUUGGUAAGGAGGAGAAGAAGGAGAUUGCGCAGAAUCAGACGUCGGCGGCGAAGAUUGCUUAGAAGAAUCAGGCGGUACCUCAAACGAAAGCGACGGGGACGAAGACGAAGACGAAGAGGUCGUCGAAUACAACGUACGUACUUUUAUGAUCCCAGUGCUAUCGUUGAUUACCCUCUCUCCAAUGAACAUCUCCUGAAAAAAAAUAAUGACUAAACCCUCCCCCUCCCACCCUCCUUCCUCGGUUGCGGAGAAAAUCAGGAAUAAUAGCUUUUUCCCUGAAACAAGUCUCUCCACCUCACCCUUACCCAUUAAUGAAAAGAGGAAAGUUGAAGAAAGAAAAACAGAAAAAAAAAGACAAAAAGACAACGACGACGAAUUAAACGAAGAAGAAAAAGAAGAGACAUUGCCGACAGCGUUGAUUCGUUUCUCACUUUAGCGGCACUUCUUGCUUUUGAUUGAUUUUCUUAUUUCGAUUAUUAAAAAGAAAUUCACAUUUGGAACAAUUUUAGAAGGUUUACCUCUUUUUGUUGUUAUGUGUGAUCGCCGAACUCUGUGUCGUAGAAGAAAUUACCUUUUCUGAGCAACAUUAGGGUUAGAAGUCACACUUAUUAUAAGUAAUUAUGAUGAAAAUUACUCAGUUUAUUUUACGCUUUGAUUAUUUUUUGGUAGGGUUCAUUAAAGUGAGAUUGGAAAGUCAAGGCUUUGUUGAUAAAGUAAGGGGACGCACAUUGUACGGACGCUCGCGGGCCUACAUCAGAGUAAAUGGAAGAGACUAUUCUCUACACCGGCGUGGUUUUAAUGUUGUUCUUGUCAGCCGUAGAACUGGUAAGAGACAGUAGACUUAGGAUGUCAUUUCCUUUUUUUGCAUAUGUCCCAGCUGAUGUAACUGUAUUUCAGUUGUCAAAUUUGCGUAUUUGGAUGUCAGGCGACGUUCUAUUGCCAGUGAACUUUUUUUCUAAAUACUCUUCUGAGUGACAUGUUUUGAGUUGUCAUAAUGAAGGCGCCAGUGGUCUCGGCUGUAUUGUAGAAUGUAUUGUAUUCUGGGUAGCAGAAGACAAUCAAAACAAAUGGAAAAAAUCAUAUGCAAAAUCAAAUUCUAAUAAACCGCCUCAAGUGCAGGAAAAGGUAGUCGACAAAGACGCAUUUUAAAAGUUUUGAAUAUGAUUUUAUUAGAUAUUUAAUCAGAUCAAUCCUCUUGUUUAGAAAGUCUGAAAGCCCCCUAACUGCGUAAAACCAUGGUUUGGAUAGACUUCGUGUAAAUAACCAGCACCAAGUAAUUAAAUACUUUACAGCAGUUAUAUUGUUUUAGUUAAGCUUCCUUUGCAUCUGUUAUGAAGCUUGUGUAUCUUCAUGGGAAAAAAAAUUACGUGACUGAAUUUGCAAUCUGGUUAUGACCAACAGGUCGGGUUUUCCGAAGGGUAAGUUUUGACACUCAUGGCAGCCGUAAUCAAGCAAAGAGAUUCAAGAACUUUAUUUACAGAAUCAGAAGCGGGUAUGUUGCGUUAACCUAAGUUACCGUUAUCGAAUUUCCUACAGUAUAUAUAGUAUUUACCUCUGCGAGAUAGGAAAAGAGUUUCUGGGCACUCAACAAGUUUUGUUCCAUUGCCAACCGCUUGUGCUCUGAUGUGACACGAAUCUAUUUUUUAACUGAGGAUAUUCUUGACCCUAUUUGGUAAUCGUGAGAUUUAAGGUUUUAUUUCUUUUUGUUUGCAAUUUCGGGCCAUCACUUGGAGCAGGGAACAAAUAUUUCCGAGAAAUUUUCUAUCGUUAACUAAGAGAAGUUGUUAAAAUAAUGAGCAAAAAUUAAUACCAGGAAGAAUCAAGUGUGAGUCGUGUGGAAACCGAAACUAUUUCCUCUAUCCCUGCAUCCAUCCCGCUAGUCUUUACUUCUAACUUAAUUUUUUUCCAGUUAUUCCUCAUCCUUUAUUAUUUUUCCAAUUCAUACCCCAAGUGAUAAAUCCCAAAUGAUUCUCAAGAGGGCUUCGUAACCUAGCGGAUCCUACCUGCAAUUUAUCACCGAAUCUUUUUACUGAAUCCCCUGGUUAAUAUUUCAGCACGAUUGUGUUAGUUGCCGUCCAAGAUGAAGCAUAUCGGUACGGAAGAUAUUACAAGUAUGUCUUCAAAAGGCUUCAGAUGUUACCACGCAGAAUUAAGCUCAGUUACAGAGGCAGUCUUGCCGUGAUCGGUUAUGUGGGUCGAGUCAGACAACGUUGGCUUAGAUAUAGGUUUAGACCUCAAAAACGUGGCCCAAGUUCCGUUGUCUCUCGUAUCCCA